AAUUUUAAUCAUUUAAACAAUAAAAAUAAUCAUAUCUUUUCACUGUGACCCCACCAUGAUAUUUUUUUUCUUAAAACGUCUUUUUCGUUUGUGUUUUAAUAAUAACAGGUUGGCGGCCUUCGAGUUAUCAAAUGGUCGCCAGUAAAAAUGGCGUACCUCUUUGUGUCAAAGUGCAUUGUUUACUAAUUAUUGCGGCAUUGCAAUUAUGUAAUUUCACAGUUGCUCUUAAACAAAGUGGCGUUAAAUUCUCUUCCUAAUUUUUAUCAUGUCGAAAAAACUUUCAAUAACUGAUCCGUUUCAACCAAAAAUCACUCGCAAUGAUCGAUUUGCUCAAAUGUCCCAUCAAGAAAAAGUAAUUGAGCAAAAGAAGAAAGAAAUUCAAGCUAAAUUAGAAGCCAAACAGAAGAGUAACGCCGAAAAUGCACCAAAGGCAGGAUCACCAACACCUUCAAAGGAAUCAAAAAGCCCUCCCAAAAAGUCCGAGGGCAAAAACACAAGUGGAUUUAAUUUGUUCUCAAAUGACGGCUCAUUCUUGGAUACAUUCAAACAAAUGAAGGAGAAAAAAAUAGAUUCUAAAUUAAAAUCAUUUAAAGCGAAGGAAAGUUUUAGUGAUCAACGGUCAGGUGUCAACAAGAAUAGCAGAUGGUCUCAAAGACGUCGCUCACCAUCUCCAAAAGAACGCAAUUUAAAAUCUCGAAUAUCUAGAUUUUCUGACAAAACUAAUACUUUUGAGCCAAAGAUAACAAUCAAUACAUCAUUUAGCAGUCCUGUGUCUCAACAACACAACUUUGAUAAUCCUCAAAUGUCUAUAAGUCCCCAAAACGUAACAGGUCAGCCUCUGUUGAAAAAUAUGCUUCCACCACCAGGUGUCGUUUUCCCGACCGUCUCACAACAAAGUAGCGCUUCUGUGAUUGCGGCACCGCCACUACUUCUCAACGUGCCGCCCCCUCAAAUUGUGCAAAAUCAAGUCAGCAGUACUCUGCUAUUGCCAAAUUCUCAAGGAAAUGUUCUUGUGACCACUCCAACUGUCAAUGUAACAAUUCCAGCAUCUGGCGUUUUGACAACUGUUACUUUGCCUCCACCUUCGGUGACAGUUUCCACGGCAAAUGCUUUGCCGGUACCGCCCCCUUGUGUACCAGCAGUGGAACUAGCAUCAAUUCCGCCUCCAAAUCCCAUUCAAGUCCAAAAUAUCCCUCAACCUGAACCAAUCAACGCGUUGAAUAUCCCUCAUCCAGCCCCUAUCCAAGUCCAGAAUAUCCCUACACCGACUUCGAUUCAACUCAACGAAAUCCCCAAUCCCAAACCACUCGAUUUGUUAGCAAUCCCAACCCCGAAUGAAGACAAAUCAAUCUCCGACCCUGACUUUAUUAAAAAUGUCCCACCUCCGAAUAAAUCGAUCCCGCCUCCGAGUUUACCCGAAACAAAUGUUAACGUUCCCCCACCCAACACUCUGCCACCCCCCAAUAUAAUCCCAGUCAGUAUUCCACCCCCUCAAACUAUCACAACCCAAAAUCUAACAGUUCAAAGCAUCGCCCCUUGUCAAAAUAUCCUAGUGCACACAAUUCCACCCCCGCAAGCCGUCCCUCCUCAACUCCAAACCCUACAAAACUUGCAAAACAACCAAACUAUUCAGAAUAUCACCACGGGAGUACCGCCACCAAACAUCCAAAACCAAAACAAUUUCGCCUCGAUUUCGGUUGCUCUUCCGGUCGGUGUUGUUCCUUCUAGUCCUGUUACUGUCAGUAAUACAAUUCCUUCACUCAUGGCACAACCCAUUUUACCACCCCCGGGAAUGGGCAUGGCAACGGUUAAUGUCAAUUGUCCACCUCCAAUGCUACCGCAACUCCAAGCACCUCCACCGAGCUUUGUUAAUCAACCGCCACCAAUCACGAAUCAAAUGCCACCGAUGAAUGUACCACCACCGAGCACUACGAUGGCGAUGAUGAAUCCGGCGCCGAUAACGGGGCCCUACCACGAUAUGAAUGCAGUAUUUCCCCCAGGUACUCCAGAUUAUGAAGCGAUGGCGUCGCUCGGCCGCAUGGUGGCCCAAUGCGGACCCGGUAUUGAGGAGGUCGUCAAGCAACGCAAAACUCAAGACCCCAAUCUGUGGUUCCUAUUUCACAAAGAAUCCGCCGCCUAUCAGCAGUAUCAACAAUUGGUCGAACAAUUCAAAAGAGAAAUCAGUAAACAAGAAGAUAACGAAACCAAAGACACACAACACUACAAACCGGAAGAUAUUUACGAACCUGAAAUGGCUAUUGAAGAUGAUAACGACACUAAUAUAAUACAAGAGAAAAAGGAACCUAUUUUAAAAGAACAUGAGAGUGAAAGUACAACUAAACGGAAACGGAAAAGUAGAUGGGGUGAUAAAGACCCUUCAAUACCUCCGCCUACUCUUAUGCUAAAUAAUUCUUCAGCAUUACCAAGGCCAGGGUUGAUAACCCAAAAUCAACCAAGUGGAAACGUGAUGUUAUCAAAAAUAACACGAAAUGAUCCUGGAUUGAUCCAAUACGUUAUAAAUACGUACGGUUCGACGAAUUUGUCUGAAGAAGAGUGGGACAAAGCCGAAGAUCAUUACAAAAUAAAUCUUCUUUAUCAAGACAUGAUGAAGAAACGUGCCGAAUUAGAAAAACUACAAAAAGCCGGUAAAAAUAAAUAUGACUAUGACUCAGACGAGGAUGUGGAAGGAGGAACUUGGGAACACAAGUUGCGAGAUAAAGAAAUGAUGGCAACGCAACUGUGGGCUCAAGAAUUAACCCGUCAAGCCGAAGGUAAACAUCACAUCGGCGAUUUUUUACCACCAGAAGAACUCAAUAGAUUUAUGGAAAAAACCAACGCGAAUAAAGAAGGGCGUAUGCCGAAUUUCUCCGAUUACAAGGAAUUUAAGAUUAAAGAGGACAAUAUAGGGUUUAAAAUGUUGCAAAAGUUGGGGUGGUCCCAAGGACAAGGGUUGGGGACAAAUGGAGCUGGGAUUGUUGAACCAGUGAAUAAGGCUGUUAAACGUGAGCAAAAUCAGGGAUUGGGACUUGGCGAUGACGAUGAUAAUAAGGAAGAUGAGUAUGAGGCGUAUAGGAAGAGAAUGAUGUUGGCGUAUAGGUUUAGACCGAACCCUUUGAAUAAUCCAAGAAGACCAUACUACUGAAUGUAGUGACUAUGUGAUGUUAAUUUCGAUUGUAAAUUUAGCUACAUUGUGUAUUUGUUCAAGACACAAUGCUUUUUAUAAAUUUAUCUUAUGAAAUCAAAUUGUGAAAUUUGAAAUUUUAAGAGUCUUUGCCCUAUUUUUAUUAUGUAAAUUAUUUAAAUUAUAUAAAAAUUAAAAUUACAGGGCAUUUAAAAUAUUAAGAAAAGCUAUUGAAAUUAGGGAAAAUAUCAGUUAAAUUUCUCCCACUUUUAGGAACCACUUUAGUCUGGUUUACAGAAGCUCAAUUAAAAUUUUAAUAUUGACAACUCUAAAAAACUUACAAGUAAUUACUAAUUUUUCUAGUCAUUAAAAGUGAUGUUAUAAUAGUUUUUGAGUCACUUUGGGGGUAAAUUGAACUUUAUCUUUUACAAUUAUCUAACUGUUAUGGUUGGUCUAUGUGUAGAUAUAACGAGUCUAUUUAAAUUUGGCGUAAUAGUUGGCGGUAAUGAGUGUGUUGUGAACGGACCAUAAUUUUUAAUACACUUGGUGAGGUGUCAAAUGUCAGAUUAAUAUCUUUCAAUACGCUGGGUUGUUUAAAAUCAAAUUUUCAUGGAUCGCUUUGAGCCAAAAUUAAAAAAAAACACCCGUUAUAAUUCACAUUUGGAAACAGUGGAAUUUUAAUUGAUCUUUUGCCUAAUUUCAAUAGUUUUUGUUAUUACAAAAUUGGGCAUUUCAUAAUACUUUUAUAAAAAGCAGUGUAUUCUUAACAGGUACAGUGAUGGAAAGUGAAUUCACUGCAGACUGUACUUUAUUGUCAUGAUAACUGACAUUUAAAUACGUGUUGUCAAAUUUAAUUAAAUUCUUAUUUAUUUUUAACCAGAUUUUUAACCGGAAAUUGGAUUGGUACUAUACCUCAAGCAAUGUAAAACAAAGCACAGGUAAUAAGUGGUAAGGAGCAUUUUGUCAACAUGAUAAAUCAAAGUUCUGAAACAAGGUUAGCACAACCUAAAGAGUAAUUUACACUUUUAGUCUGUUAUAAAAAUUGGGUGGACGAAAUUCACUGUCCGUCACUGUACAGAAUGUAAUAAUAUGUAUAAAGUGUAAAUAGUGCAGUAUUAUGUUAUUUAUAUUAUUGAAAAUUUUAUUGUAUUUAUUUAUUUUCAAUUAAUUAAAAGAAACAAUGUCAA